UUUAUAAAAUAUAGAAGAAGAGUAAUAGAAGGUGUUGUAGUAGAAGUAGUAGUAGUAGUAGCACUGAUUUGACUUGGAAUAAGUCUCUCUAUAUAUAUAUUAGUAUUACAUAAGAAUUAAGCUCAGUCAGUCGUCACAGCCUCCAGCCUUCUUUCCCCACUCCUAUACUCUUUUCUUCUUAGUUGACCGACUUCACUUAAUUCCCCCACCACCAAGUAAACCAACUCACCACGCCUUAUAUAUUAUUAUUCAUCUUUUCUCUUCAUCACUUCCAUAUAUAAAUACACAACUCUCUUAACCUUUUCUCACACUCACUACUCUUUAUUACCAAAUUCUUUACUCUCUAAUUCUCCAAAAAGGAAAUUCAAAAGGGUAUAUAUAUAUACACUUAUUUAUUAUUGUUAUUAUUAUUAUGGCCUUAGAAGCAAUGAAUUCUCCAACCACAGCAAACCCAUUCUACAACGAAGACGCCGAGAAUCUCCAAUUCCACGAGCCAUGGAUUAAGCGCAAGCGCUCCAAGCGCCCACGUCUCGAACAACCUCCAUCCGAAGAAGAGUACCUUGCUCUAUGCCUAAUCAUGCUCGCUCGUGGCGGCGGCGGCGCCGGCCGUAGUGGCGGUUCAGAUAACUCCACUAAAACUCCAUCCGCCGCCACAAACGACGGAGGAGUUUCUCGCCUUUUACCACCUCAGCCUCCGGCUCUGAAGCUUUCUUACAAGUGCAGUGUGUGUAAUAAGGCUUUUCCUUCUUACCAGGCUUUAGGCGGUCAUAAGGCUAGCCACCGUAAAUCAACCAAUUCAUCCUCGGAUGGCGGCGCCUCCGCCGCUGCCGAUAACGUUUCGACUUCUACCGUUUCGACAUCUGUCCCUGUUUCCAGUGGUAGGACUCACGAGUGCUCCAUCUGCCACAAGACCUUUCCCACCGGACAGGCUUUGGGUGGACACAAACGAUGCCACUACGACGGUGGUAGUGGAAAUAGUGCCUCCGGUGGCGGCGGCGGCGUUACGUCAUCUGAAGGUGGCGCUUCCAGCCAGAGUCAUAGUCAGAGUCAGAUCAGUCAACAACGGGGUUUCGAUCUUAAUAUGCCGGCUUUGCCGGAAUUCUGGCCUGGUUUUACAAUUGAAGUGAACAACAAGAAAAGUCAACUUUCCGGUAUUGACCAAGAGGUGGAAAGCCCGUUGCCGAUGAAGAAACCACGGUUGUCUAAUCAGGAAGAGUUCGGUGUUUCACGGAACUGAAUUAAUUCAUCUUAGGAUUUAUUUUAUUAUAUAAUGAUUGAUUGAAGAAACUACCCUUUUGUAUUUUAUUAUAAUUUGUUUGUGUACAGAAGAUUUAUUCAUUUACUUUAUUAGUCUAUCACUCUUGAUUUUACAAAUAUAUUCAAUUUAUCCAAAUUUUAGUUCACUAUACCAAAUACCAUUUUAAUUUUACAUAUGAUGUAACGAUUAGCUUUUGGUAGCAAUAUUUAAUGGAAUAAUUUUAAUUUCACAGCCAAAAAAACGUUUCUUUAACCAUUGCACAAAUAAAUUAUACCAAAACAUCACUUGUUUCAAAGCAACUAAUUCCAUUGUAAUUUUUGGUUACCUAAAAUUUGAUAGGGAACUUACUUCCAUGAAGGAAAAGAGGACAAAAAUAGUACGAACGAAGUUUCCUUUUCCCAGCUGGAUCUUUAAUACUAAAAUAUUGAAAUUGGAUUAGUAUUAAAAUCUUCAUUCAAGGUCAAAAAAGUCAGGGUCAAUAUUGUAUUUGUAAUUUGUUUUAAUUUUUGUUAAUUUUGACCAAGAAAUAUUCACAAAUUAAUAUUGGGAAAGAAAAGAAAA